ACUGCCGACAGAGUCUGAGCUAAGUGGAGAUGAGCUCCAACAAUCGUGAAUCAUGCUGAAGACAGGAAGACCGUCGUCGCUUCAGCCAUGCAGCAGGAAGACCAACCUGAAUCAUUCAACACCCGGGGUUCGUCCCUCGAUCAACUUGUGGCUUCCGUGCCUGUCGCGCAAAUCUAUUAUUCUGCGACCGGACAAGGUGGACGAGCACGAGAGUUUGAGCAGGAACGACCCAUCCGAGAGCAUGGCUUUCGGUUCCAAGUAAUCCAAAGCAUGCGGGCAUGCAAGACAUUGAACUUUGAAGCCUGCGGAGCGAAGAGAAACCCUCGCGGUUGCAUGACGGCAUUCCGCCGGCGAUGUGUUGGCCGAUGGCGCCCUCGUCAGUCAGCCAUUCUUCAUCGUGACAUGCGUGCUGUAUCCUUGCUGCACGCAGACGAGCCGUAGCCAUGGAGCCAUACAGCAUCACUCGGCGCAUCUCUGGUGUUCGCAUUCGUGAUUCUUUGUUCCAGCAUGCACCACGCCCAGCAAUGGCUGAUGGCUAGCGCACUCUACACCGCAUCAGCGCCCUUCGCAUGAGGGCAACACUAUGAUCAGUCUAGCACUUGCCACUGCCGCCGGUGCUCGAUCCGGAUGCAGCUUGCACCCCGCCAUCUCGAGCGCUCGGCAAAGAAGCGACAGCCUGGCGGGCGAUGUUGCUCACCUUUCCCAUCCUCUCGCAUCACAAACAUUGGACUUGUCCUACGCCACGGCGCGGGGGCGACACAUCACCCGAAUCGUUACUUGUUUCGCAACUCCGAUGUUUGCGUACUCUUGCUUGCUCUGGCGCUAUUGAACCGGACCUUUGCUUUCAGCCUUACUCAGCCUCCCGUAGCCAGCCGAACAAAUGCUUCUUCAGCAUGUUCGCCAAUCCGUGACUGAAGGUCGUCGCUGCGAUCUACGGAGGACUGCGCCUUGCUACCGCGGAUCUUUGGGGCUGGUAGCGUCAUCAUCCACGCUCAGCUCGCUAUACCACUCGAUCUCAAUCCAGACACCUGUGUGACGACUUGGCGGGCAAGAGCAUGCAGUCGUCAAGAGCAUACAGUCGUGUCAAAGGCCCUGCGUGGCUUGGCUGAGCAAAAAUGCCUCGAAUGCCAGCCGCUCCCUUUUUGCUCCUAUAAGAUGUCCUGUUCGUCGGGUUUGAACCUGCUCCUCCUUCUGCUGCAAAGACUUUCGACCUCUCACUCUUGUAGACGCGCAACACACUGCAUUG